GUUGCUGCACUGGCAGCCCUCGCCACCCCCCCAGCCCCCCGGCAGCACAGCCCCGCCACCCUCAUCGUCGUCGCUGCUGUCCCUGGCGACCUACACGGACGUGGCCAAGGCCAUUGAGAGCCUGCCCGCCGUCAGGAAGGGGCGCUGGCAGUGCACGUGCUCGCUGUAUCGCCCCAACACACGCGACACGGCAGGGGCGCCGCCACCCCAGUCUGACGUGGCGGCAGCGCGGGAGCUGUUCGGCGUGUCGUUUGCUGACGUGGCGGGGCGGCACUUCCUGGUGCUGCGGCAGGAGCGCGUGGUGGUGGAGGCGGAGAGCAGCGUGCAGACGCUCAUGGAGACCCUUCAGCUCUACCGCCACCGCCUAUCUAUAGUCUAUGAGGGCUUCGAGUAUCUGAUAGGGGACUUCGCCAUGCGCCUGGGCCGCGCCAUUCUCUCCACCAAUGAGGCGUUGCGAGGCAUCGUGGUGGAGAUUGAAUACCUGCCAACCUCGUCCCUCCCCAACGCGCGCCCCCUCCUCCUUGACUUCCUGGCCAUGUGGCACGACCUGGUGGCAGCGCAGGGCCUCGUGGGGCGCUUUGUGCCGCUCGACCCGGCCUUCUCCGACUACUCGCUGGGCGACUCCUUCUCGCUGCCGCACAGCGCACUGCAGUUCGUGCUCGUGUCCGCGCACCUCAUGGCCGCACGGGCAUAG